AUGCAUUCCGCGAUCACUCCAAAAUCGAGCGAAGAAACUGACCCAAAUAAUAAUGUGAGCGUAAAAAGCGAGGAAUUUGAUGGUGGCUUGGUGGAAAAGACAUUGGAUAACGAUGGUAAUGUCAUUAGAUAAAGAGUUAGGAUUAUCAAUGCAAUUCAAAGAGUUGUUGAGAGCAAUUAUCGUAGUAUUUCAAGAGGGAUUAAUCGUGUUAAUCUUGAGUGUUAGAAUAAUAUACUUUUGCAUGAGGGAUUCACAAUUGUUCAGCCCACACGCCAUCAUGUAUCGCAUAAGGGUGGCAGGUUAUUCCGUAUACAGUAUAUACCGCAUUUAAAUCAUGGUAUCAUGGUUAGUGUAUAUUUUAUCAGACUUGAGUAUAGAUAAAUUUCCUAACUAUACACUUCCUAACUUCUCAAAUUUUCAUCUCAACAGAGCAAUCCGUUGAAAGCCCAGGAAGUGUCUCCUCUGGUGAGAACAAUGAUGAUACGAAGAAGCAAAAGAAACCAAGGCGGCAACGGACGCAUUUUACAACUUAUCAACUACAAGAACUGGAGGCAUUCUUUGCGAGAAAUCGGUAUCCGGAUAUUUCAAUGAGAGAGGAAAUUGCUAUGUGGACUACCUUAACCGAAGCACGAGUCAGGGUAAGCAUGUAUAUGAUGUUUGAAGCGUAAAAAAUAGGGAAAGAAGGACUAACUUAAAUUAGCUGUUGUGAUUUAAUCCCAUACUUAUAGGAAUAAGCUCAAUGCGAGCACCUAGUUUCUUCCUUAAAGUUUACUGCACUUUCGUAUUUGUAUAUAAAUCACUGGCGCUGCCUACGCACUACUUUAUUAUUCAAGUGUUAAAGCCGAUGUUUGCUCGAUAUUAGAAAUAUAAAACAUUUAUCAAAUGAGUCCCUGAGUCAAACGAUUUUUUGACCCAUUUUCUCAGUUAACAUCAUCGUGAUUGGAAACAAACAAGAAAAACAUUGAAAUAACUGAUAAACUACUUCGGUCCACUCACUCAAGAAAAUAUACUAGUCUACAUUACACUUGGAAGGAAAGCUUGCCUCGCAAUUUUGCAAUUAGCAAUGCAUGAAAACGCCGGAAUUUCUCAUUUUCUUUUGAAAUCAAUACAAGGUUAAACGGGCAGUAAAAAUGAGCAGCCAAGUUUGCAUCUAUAUUUUUUGAAUUUUAAAUUUGGGAACCAAAGGAACGAAGAUGAUUAGUUUACUAAAUGACCACAUCUAUUCAAAUUGAUUUAAAUUGAUGAUGACAAUUAAAAGAGCGGAAUGCAUCGGAAUUUAAUUGAACCGUUCAAUGAGUUAUUUUAUUUGUAUUUUACAUUUUAAGUUUAUGGUUGAAACCUUGAAUGAAAAAAGCAUUUCACUGUCAUCACAGGGAAUCUGAAUUUAUCAUACAUUUAGGUGCAUGUUACACACACGGAAAUGUACUGAAUGCACACUACCAGUUUAUAUAUCGUAAUUAAUAUAUGCCUAUGGUCUCCAGAUUUCUACUUGUAAUGCUAAUAUCACAGUUUUGAUGCUCAUUCCCAGAUCAGUGAGUUAGAAAGUACAUGUGAAACUGAAUAAAUAAACGUCGCCAGGUUUUUGUCUGGUGGCGUUCACGAUUUACUUUCAAAAAGCCGAUAAUUUGUCUCAGGCCGCCCAAAAACAAUUACAGGAGUUCUGUCAUCUGAAGAUUAAUGAUCCAUUAUACUACGAUAUUUGAUGCAUGCUUUGUUUUGUGCUUUUGUCUGUGUUCCCUGAAGCUUACACUUGACUAGCGGAUUUCUGUUUCUCGCGGGGUACAAUGUAUUCAUUCGUUCAAAAUUCAAAUUCUGUAAGUUAUGAAUCGAGCGCUGAUUUAAAGGAUCAAGCUGAACGGUAAUUAAAGAUCGAGCUGAAAUUUUGUUCAGCUAAAAUUUUGUUCAUUUGCUUAAGCUGUAUUCUAUAAGAUGAGUUAGGAGUUUAAAAGACGUUUAUUAGCCUGUUCUAAGACCUAUAUAGGCUAUAAUUCGAGUUGGUAUUUUCCAAUAUUACCAUGCAUCUUCUGCAUCAGGAAUAUGCCGAAUAUCUUCCCCCUUAGAUCUACAUUGACAGUGUACACUUGCCUAAUUAAUAAACUGUGCCUUCUCGCUAUAUACGAAUACCUGCCGUGAUAGCUUUUUCAUGCUCAGUCAUGACUUUAAAAAAUCAUUUUCUGAUUUUGCAUACCAUGACUUAUAACAUCAAGGGUAUAUAUAAGUUUACAUGCAUUUCAGAAUUUGAAAUUAUGCUCAUGAUUGUUAAUUAACUAGUGUAAGUUGCAUGCAGUAGUAGACAUCACGCAAGCAGUUCCUCAACCUUUCCUAUAUUUUGUACUAGUCCAAACAUUGUGUUUUCAACUUCAAAAUUACUUUAAUUUUCGAUUUGGUUUCAUUUAUUAUAUUAAAAUUGGCGGUUGGUUCUCUCUUAUCCAGCCGUGCAGCAUUUGACGUGAGUCAUAUAUUUGACCUCAUGCAUCUACUGUUUCCUUGCUCUUCCUCCCGUCCGCGUUAUAUAGUGUUGUAGUGUUGUUUCACACAAUCACACACGUACUUCACGACUGGCAUUUUGACAAGAGGAGUCAUGAUAUAUCCUUUCAAGUUCAGUUUAACUAUUUUAUAGGCUUUAUAGCUCUAUUAAUUAUAUAGUAAGAGCCAUUCCAUACAUUGCAGGAGUUUUACCACAACCGGGAAAAGGCAAACGUACCCGGGUAUUGCCAGUCCUCGGUCCCGUGAAGAUAUAAAAUGCACAUGAUUCUCUUGUGCUAUCUUGCAUGUGUGAACUAGCGCCGAAGUUAACACUCUGGCCGUCUGGCGAUGGCGGGAUUGUAAUUCAUGCUAUUAUAGAUCGAGCCCAUGCAUGCAUGAUACUAGUAUUAUAUACAUGCACAUGCAUUCACAUCAGCUAAAUGUAGCCGAGUUUUUAAAGAUUAUUAAAAUGGAAAAUCAUUUAGUAAGAGUUCCCUUGAUGCGGAGUCAUUUUCGGUUAAUUUAAUUUUACUGACAGUUUAAAAAUUACUCAAAGUGCAACAUAAAUCAUAAUGCUACUCCGCGUAUCUGCAACUCAAAACCGGGACAUCAGAAUCUUAUUCUAUAUGCUUAUGCUCAAGUUUAGACUGAGGCUUUAUCAGGGACGCCGGAACGAUGUACGUGAAGGCAAGGGGGCAGAUUUUCGUGAAAGGGCACUUUUGAAUUGAUAUAUACUAAGAGAUGUUUGCAAAACAUCGGGAGUUGAACUUCGCCUAAUCCUGUUUUCUGUUUCUUGAAUGGUAGGGAUGUGAGGGGGUUCUCCGCCAGGCGAUUGUGCUAUAACUACUAUUCUUGAAGCUCGAUGACUGCAUUUAUUGCGUUUUCUGAAGAAAAUUCGUAGAAGAAUUGCACUAACAUUUCUGACAAUUCGCUAUUUCGCCAAGGCAAUCUUUUAAACAAUCUCGUUCCCAGAGUAUGCCUGUUCGCGGCAUACUCUGGGAACGAGAUUGUCUUUUAAAUUGAAAGGGCACCUUUGCCCCCUUGCCCCUCCUGGUAAAGGGCAACGGGGGCGGCUGCCCCUCCUGCUCCCCAGUUCCGGCGUCGCUGGGCUUUAUCAUAGCAUGAACUGCAGGCACGAGACUAAUAUAUGAAUUGUAUAAAGGUUUUUUCAAGCAGAACUUGAGCCAUGAAACAGCUAUCAUGCAGAUCCAUAGACUUGAGAGUUUCACCUAUAGUGAUGACAUGACAAAGUGGUGAAGGUUUAAGAUAUAUUUGUUCAUCUUGGUUAAGAUUUCCUAGAAAUCGUGCACCAAAAAUCUUGGAUGAAGAUCAUAGCCCUUAGCUAUGCCUAUAUACAAACAACGUAACCCUUUUAGAUACUUUUCAGCUUGUUGCACAGAAACACCGAAAUAUUAAUCCAAAUUGUGUUUUGCAACUAGUAUCAUUAAUGUCAUGACGGUACAUUAAGGCUGCAUGAGAAAUUGUUGAUGCACUACUACAUGCAUGCACGCAUAUUCAUUCAUGAUGUGGGCAACUGAUGAACAUUAUUAAUUAUAUAGCUUACAAUAAUAUUUAUAUUAACUUUAUAGUUAGAUUAUAUCAACAAGAAACUGGCUGGAGAUUUUAAAAUUUAAUUCAUUAUCUAUAUAUAAAUUAACCACAUACAUGUACAGACUUUAUAUUGAGGUAUGUUGCGUUACAUGCACUAUAUGUGGCGGUGUACACGCCCAAAAUGUUUCCAUGGUGUGUUAAUAUAUGUGUGUUUGUGGUAAAUACAUGCACUGAAACAGAAGAUCAGUUUGAAUACACGAAUCUCGAGUCACUUGGUGAAAUUUCUUGUUUAAGCCAUGAGGUUAAGCAAACAGAUAUCGAAAUUGCCAAAACGGAACUGUCGGUUCCUAAUGAAUGGUUGCAAAAUUUACAAUCGGAAGUUGUAAAGGUAGUUGUAAUUUAUGACUUUCAAUUUGAAGUUGAAUUGUUGUUAAAUCAAACCCAUUGUCAUCGAAAGAAAGAAGAUAGGAAGCGCUAUCUUUAUACAAACAACUAACACAACUAUAGUUAUAAUUGAAGUAUAGAAAAGUUCACAGUACAUGGUUAGUGCACGAGAGUUGAAUGCAUUGGCCUGGACAACUGAUGAAUGUCUGAAUAAUAAGGUCGUACGAACAUGUCCGUUACUGGCGUUAGGCGUUACUGAACCUCCAAGUAUAAAACGUGAGGCAUGAAUUAGUUUCGGUGACGAAAAUGAUUUAACUGAAUAUCACAAUGACAGCAUAUGCAUGAAAUAUUCGAAAUCUAGUCUGCACAAUGCAAAAACAAUCACAAAAACGCCGUUCGUUCAUGUUUUUUUUUCUUUCAAUCGUGUAUUUAAAAAGCCGCUUGCUAUAGAAUUACAUACCGCGGGCUCAACAUACACAUAAAUCUGUUUUCUGCUGGUGGGUAAUCUCGCGUAAUUUUAUUCAUGCUUUCGAGCUGUGUAAUGAACAAUGUAAGAACCUGCAGUGCUACCAAUUAUACUCAUUGCGACAAAAGGUUAUGAAUUCAACUCUCUCUUUCUCUUCUUCCCCCUCCCCCCGCCCCCGCACCCUCCUCAGCCAAGCAUGCUACUCAGGUUAUAUAUAUUUAUCGACUGUUGAAGCUAGCGCUAUUAUGAUUGUAUACGAACAUAUCUCAACGUAUUUCUAAUGAGAACUUCUUUACUUAGGUUUGGUUUAAAAACAGGCGUGCAAAAUGGCGUAAGAAGGAGAGAAAUAACCAGGCGACCGUGGCGAGUUUAGGUCCAGACACCAGGACUGCUGUCUUCCAAGCUGCUGCAUUUGGUUGUGAACCUGGCACUAUGCCGCCUGCUGAUGAUCCUUUCUAUUAUUCAAAUUACACUUGGAAUAAAACUCCUCCAAACAGUUUUGGAUCUUUGAACCAGACAACGACAGGCUUCAACAAUAACUUUUCACCACUCAGCCAGCCACGAGGAGGAACUCAAGUGAACCCACCUAGUUAUAACUCAUCAGCGAUGUGCUUUAGUCCAACAGCAGAAAACACAUUCCUGGGAAUGCCAAGUCAACAGAGUAACCUACCUACAUAUCAACAGUCGUACGGAUACCAAAAUCAAUACAACUACAAACAUCCUGCAGGUUCAUUUGUAGGAAACACUCAGCAAUCUUUCAGUCCCACAACUAUAAUGAGUACAACAAAUAAAACAGAAUCAAUGCCAACGAUUUCUCGGUAUAAUCCUACAUGUCUAUAUGGUGUAGAUAGUAGGCCAGGUUUAGGAUCAAUAUGAACUUUAUGUCCUCUAGACUAAGUAAAAAAAGAAUUGAGUGCGUAUGUAUUGAUACUUAGACCCUAGAGAGUAAAAGACAGCUUUUUGUAAAUUGAAGAAAGAUGAAAGAUAAGAAUUUGCACCGUCGUUACAAGACAUAUUUUAAUAUGAUCUAAUAUAUGUAAUUUGUAUAGUCCAAAGAUGUACAUGCAAUAGAUUGUCCAGAUGAAUUGUCACUUUAUACAAAAUAAUAUAAUUUUUUGUGUUUGUCAUAAUUUUAAUCGUUUACUCCUUGCCGCCUCCUGUUAACAUUCCCUAAGAGAGAAAGCCACGGAGUGUUCCCGGAGUUGAUAUAGUCCCUUUCAAUUGUUUGAUCGGGUCCACAAUGGGAAGUCGUUACACUUUUUAUGAAAAUUAUUAAAAGAGUUUCGCCCCAAAUAAAUAAAUUGAUAGGAAUAGUCCGAAAUGUCUAUAUUAUAGACGAUCCAGUAUAUUGAGUUUCCCCCUGCAUGGCAUGCUGACCGUACGAAUUGAGUUCGCAGACGGACAUCGAUGGACGAAUGGAUGCCUUUAAUUUUAAUAUGAAACAUUUUUUUAAAAAGUUUAUCUGCAGUUAUCCGCGUUUAUCCUUUUAGAUAUACAACGGCAAUAUUUAGUUAAAAUAUUGUCUUUUCGGAAAAAGCGGAUAUCAGUCGAUGAGAAUCAAAACUAUAUAUAAACGUUUCUGACGAAGAACCAACAGAUCGACCGAUUUCUUCACAAAUCACUUAUGAGCUGGUAAGACGGAACAGAGGUUGAAAUUGGGGCGAGCGAAGCCCCCCGAAAGAGAUUAGAGUGGAAGAACUUCCUGAUAUUCUUCGCUGUCUGAAAUGCAAAUUUAAGGUCUGAUUAUGUAUUGAAUAUUUAUGUUAAUACGUGUUUUGAAACAGUUUUUGUGGCUGGUUGGGUUAGACAAAUCUUCGUGAGAACGUAUGAAACUCUUGACUUCAAAGUUUCCUGGGGCAGCAUAUGACCACGCAGCAAGAGCUCCACCUUUGAAUUUACUAUAUGAGUAAAUUCUUAAUUAAACACGUCCGAAUUUAUCAUUAUGAUAAAUUCGCGGCAAAUUUUGAAUUUAUCAUAAUAAUAAAUUCGCGGCACCUAACACAACUUUUAACGUUAAAAAUCGAUCUAAUUCAGGUUAUCCUUAACCCCCCCUCAUGUCAUUUACAAUAAAAGCAAAUCGAGUUUCACGCGAGUAACAAAACAACGUUGACGGAGGUUCAACGAUCAUAAGCAAUCUCACAACACAUUUUGUAUCGAGCAGUCUAUACGUGUCAACACUACUGGAACAUACUAUAAAUAUAUUUCUUAUAUACACAUAAAUAUAUCUUUUAUAUGCAUUUUAAAUUUAGAAAAUCAAGGCUCUAUCCAGUAAUGAUAUUUCACUGAUAUUUUAGACGGAUUUUGAAAAACAAAAUAGUGUCUGAACGGAACUCCGGUGAUCUACUGCAUGGCCGUACGUACCUGCAGACCAGCCUCGUUGACAGGGCAUUUCCUUGGGGUUGUCAGCCUCUUCGCUUCCCCAACCAACUCAAUUUUACCGAUCAAUUUAUCGACCAUUUCCAAUCAAUUUACCGACGAACAAGUCACAUUUUUUCCUACAUAAUCUCCGUUUCACCGACGAGUUUUCUUAAAGCCCUGUUUACACUAUACGCUCAAUUUUUGGUACGGCACGGAUAAAAUUGUUACCCGUACCACUUUUUUGGUUCUUGGUGACUACGUAUUUAGGUAGUGCCGUACCAGAAAUUGAGCGCAGUGUAAACGGGGCUUUAAAAGUGGGAUGUGUUGUACCCCCAUCCCCCUCCACUCGAUACGACCCUGUUUAAUUGGCGGCGAAUGCGGCUACUGUCGCACUUCAGAGAAAAUUAAAAGCAAACAUGUCAAACAUGUUUUGAUAUAAUCGAUAUAUUAUUGCAAAUUGAAAUGCAUUUUAACCUUUAAUUGGAAAAAGUGUUGCUCUGCAUGUUUUCAUCUUAGCUUUUAUUCACAUAAUUUUCGGCCAAUAUCACUUCUAGUGUUUCAUUUUCGACUGAAAACGUGACGCUUUGCGGUGUGAGGGUGUCCGAUCGUUCGGGCUGCUCAGCUGGGACUACAAUCGUACACAGCCAAAUGAAAGAGUUUGGUAACACAAAAUAAAAUAGCACGUCCUACUAGCCAAAACUAGGCAAUGGCAAUGCAAACCAAUGCAAUUUUUGUCUGCUACAUCGGUUUGUUGACCAAAUUCCGGCGAUGUACACACGGAAUAAUUUUCAGCGAGAAUUCGCAAGGUAAGUUGUUGCAGAACAAUGGUCAAUGCAAAUUUUAAAUAAUGUGACAUCAUUUGAAUUGCGAAUUAUCGCUAAAAUUGUCCCAUGCAAAACCGCCUUUAAUUGAUAUAUUCCUAAAAUUUACCUAUCUAAUCAAGUAAAUCAAACUAAUCUACAACUCACAUAAAAUGAUCUAUAUUGUAAGUUGUCGGCAAUUGGUUCAAUUUUAACGAAUUUAAAGUCCCAAUAAUACAAUAUUUUGGGUUUUUUUAGGUUUAGUAUAUUCUAUUUAUACAUGUAAAAGGUGUAAAACUUUGCAUUUCUCUUUCAUUAUAUCAACUCGAGGUUUAUUUAGGGAGAAACAACCAGCGUGUCGUCUUGUGUCAUCUCAUAAAAGCUGGCAGGUGUUCCUCAGCCCGUCGUCGCGUUACUGAUAGUGAUAGCCAGUGAAGUAUUGAGUGCGAUCUGCGGAGGUCUUAUUAAAACUUUGGAAUGAAUGAAAUCAUAUACAAGUUUCAAUUAAGUCAAAUAUAAAAGCAAGAGUCUGGCUUGCUAGUUGCCAAGUGGUCAACAUUUUUGCAAUCAAACAUUCACAAUAUCAACAAUAUGUCACAGCUGGGGUUGACCGAUUUUAUUGUUAUUCGCAUCAAACAAACUUAAAGUAUAUGUAAAUUAGCGGACAUUUGCCUAUUCCCCGUUUGUGGUUCGCAACAAAACGAGAAUAGAAAGGAACAGAAGAAGUCGAUAAUCCUGCGUUUAGGCUGUGUUCACCGGUAUAAUUUGAGACUUGCGACCGUGAAGUGAAGUAUUUCAUUGGAAGACUAGUACGAGUUUGUUUCCAUAUUCAGCAUUUCUGUGCUGUUCAUUUUCCACUAGACAUUUGAGAGCAGACUUGCGAGUGAUGUUGUUUAGUCCGUUGGGAAAUGAAAAGUAACAGCUUUUUUCUUUGUCAAUUCACCUUCGUACUGGGCCUAGCUGCUCUUAGAUUCGGCUUUUGUGUCGGAAAUGUUCACUCUGAGAAGUAAGUAGCGCACAUACGAAUCCGACUGCUUGCGUGUUUAUUGUCCUCAAUUUGUUUACAGUAUUACAGUGUUCUUUGAACUUUUGAAAUAUCAAUAACAACGUUUGUACUUACAGCGUCGAGGCAUGGGCUCACACCAUUGGAGCGAAGAUUCACAAUUUUGCUGUUCAUGCCACUGGCUCUGUAGCCGUAGAAAAGGUAUAAACUAACUUAUGAUUUAUUUGUAAGCGACAUGUUGCUGAUCAAUAGACCGGACGGCAGACAUAUUAUGAAAUCAAUGUUUCCGACACAUUAUAUUGUAAACAAUAUUGGCAUGAACGAAUUUUCAUUCCCUUCCAUCUAAUAUUUCACUUUAUAUUUGGAUUUUUGAGGAAUUGGAAAAGUUGUCAUUUGCAGCAAGAGCCAACAAUGGGACAAGGAUGGUUAAGGAAGUUAGCGAAAAGAUGCGUAAUUUUUUCAAUAAGAAAAUAAAUUCUCUGCGGGUAUGUUUUAUUUACUCAGUUUUUGCAUGCAUGAAAAAAAUGACAGCUGCUUAAUAUCAAGGCCAGACUGUCAAAAAGUUGAAUAAUAUAAUCAUUAUAUUAAAAAACUCAAGAGAUUUUAAUAAAUUGUAAAAAUAACUUGUUAAAAAUGUUACAGUAAAAUUUCACCUCAAUGAACCUCGAAGUUAAAAAGAUUUUUACGAAAACGUUGUUUUUAAAUGCUUUUAAAAUGAUGUUGCACCCGAGUGAAGAACUUUUGAUGUAGGUUUCAAUGAGGAUUAAAUAAUAAUUGUGUUUAUUUUUUACGUAAACAGUUGGCUGUUUCACACAGGGCCACAGCCACUGGCAAGAGCCGUAGCGGUCCGAAAAAUAACGCACGCCUAUUAAAAACUGUUCAGUUUUGUAUGUGUUUUUUUUAUCACAAUUAUAUACAUUUUUAAAAAGAGAACUACCUGUAAAGGAAAAUUUUAGCUUUGCUAUUAUUAAUAAAUUAUAUAUGAUGUUAUUUUUAAAAUUUGCACAACAAGGUUUCAUCUUUAAUAUUCAUGUUGUGCUAUUAAGUACUUUAAAAUUAAAAGGGGGGUUGUAUGCUAGAGCUUAGAGCCAGAAAAUUCUGAGGAAAAGUUUCAAAAUAAGAACGUUUUGAAAUCUGGAGCUUCAGUUGGCAGCUUCAGUUGUUAGCAAGGAGUCAUAUGUAGGCAAAAUGUUAAAAUAUUGUGACAAACACUCUGGAACAUUGGGGUAGGUGAAUAGGCAAUUCCACAGAGAUAUCACAUUACCCUGUGCCCCUGUGUGAAACUCGUUAAUAAUUCACAAAAACACAAAAGAAAUCAUAACUGCAUGUGAAGGAGUUUGUAUAUCUGAUACAAAAUCAUGGUGAUUUAAGAUGUUGCCAAGCCAUUUGUCUAUAUCCAAUCGAUACAACACUGCCAGGGUCAUGUUGUAAAUAGUAUUUAAAAAACUCAUUAAUAAUUCAUGAAGAAAACACAAAGAAAAAUCAUAAGCGUGUCGUAUCUGUAUAUGUGAUACAGAUUCAUGUUGAUUUACAUAAACUUUAACUUUGAUUUUCUCGGCCUAGACAACGUUUAUUUUUAAAAUUACUUCGCCAAUGAAAGUUAUUUACAACAUUCGCAUCCGUGUUGUAUCGGAUAUACAAAUUCUCGCCUUCAGCUCGAGUUUGUAUAUCCGAUACAACACAGCCGCUCAUGUUAUAAAUAGUACUUAGAGUCUCAUUUUGGGCAAGAUUUCACAGAAACAUCAAUGCUACAAAAAAUCUAAACUUAACAUAUGAUAAGCCUUAUUGGAUUGGCAUAGAAAUGAGGCAUCCUCCUCUUUAAUUUAAUAAUUAAACUUAUGAAUUCUAGAUUCUCCAAAAUUUGCAUGUUGCCAUGUUGGAGAGUGAUUCGAUCCACCUGCAUGCUGAAUAAGUUCCAAAAUCCUAAUAAACCUCAGGCCAUCCUGGGAAUGAAGAAAGAUUACACUCUUGGGACCAGUUGUUCGAAAGCUGCAUGGUUAGCUUGAUCCAGGGUUAAUGAAGAACUUCAAAGCUCUCUGUCCAACAACUUGCUUAUAAACUUGACAAUAUUUUUUCCAGAAAGGGGGGGGUGUUUUGUGUUUGCCCCCAGAUUGUUGGGCUGACUAGGCGAGCAAUAUCCGCUUCACAGUCGGGCAAAAUUGGCUUAUUAUAAAAAUAAGUAGAAGAAAUUUUAUCAAUAAGACAAUAUUGGGGGAAAUAUGCUAUAUAUAUACUGUAGUUGAAAAUGGAGGACAAAUAUAAAAGUUAUAAUAAUUUAUAAUAUAUUCCGAAAUUUUUUUCGUCGUCACCCAACAAUUUUGAAAAGUUUGCAUGAAACAAUCUUUUUACAAGUCGUGCACAAUGGGAAAAAGUCGGGCAAAUUUCUUCUGCUGCCCUAAUUUUUCCUUCACAUACGCCUGUGCAAAUAGGACACUUGGAUUGUGAAGAGAACAUAUGUUGAUCUAAAGGAGAUGAGGACUAGAAAAUCACUGUAUUGUUCACUUGUUCGACCGCUAUUACUAGCUAUGCUCUCCCCGUGAAUGAAAACUGCAUUACAGGAAAUUUAUUCAUCGAGAUUAGCAGGAAUGAAGAUUUAUAGAUCUUGAAGAAAGUAGGAAGCAGUGACCUUUUAACUUGUAGUUUCAAUUACAUAUUUAAUAUAUUAGCUAGCUCACGUUACUGGAUAUAUUAAUAAUAUAUUACGUAUAGUUUUAUGUAGUUUAUUGGCAGCUGUAAUCAGUUGGGGGCAUUCAAAGCAGUACGGGAGGAAAAAGUUAGGGGGAGGGGGACGGACAAAAAAUUGCCCGACAUCAUGGGCUUAUUGAUAAAUUUAAAUAGAAGGAUUGUAUCUCCUAUACAAACGCGAGGAAAUACAAAGUCAGUCUUAAAACGAUCAAUAAAAAAUAGUUAAAGUAUUAAUUUACGAGUAUUUCCAAUAUUCAUUCUUUAAGAUAAUAAAUUCGAAAACUCUUCACUCGUAGCCACGUUGCCAUACGCCAGUUUGUUCGAGUCCGGGGGGGGGGAGGGGGGAUGCUCCCCCAGGAAAAGUUUGAAAAUCCGAGAGCUCUGACGAUAUUUCCUGCAUUCUGAGGAAACUGUAGCUAAUAUAUAUUUCAAAUUGCGUGCACUCCUCGGAAACCGGCGCCAUUCAAAUGACAUGAACUCAAAAUACAUCAGUUUGGGAACGAGCGCACAGAGUAUGUCAGUACGACGGUACUUGGUGUAAGCCUGCAGUACUGCAUGAAAGCCUCUCAGAUUAACAUCAAAUAGAUUUAACACGGUGGUAAGGGAUGCUUUUAGGCUUUUAGCUACAUCAAAAUGAUGUUUCGUAAAACAGUACUUUUUCUAUAAUCGAGGUCAGGUUAUCAGUUAUUAAAUAAUCAUCCAGUAUAACUAAUUAAAUCGGAUAAAACGUAUUUUCCGUGAACAAUAUUUGGCCCUUGGCUACGGCCCUACACUCUAUACUGCAUUCAAUAAUUUACAUUUUUUAAAUAAAAACAAAUUUCAAUCUGAAACUGUGUUUUUAAUAUACUAUAUACACAAAACAGUGGCGAAGCUGUCAUAUUAAAAUGUAUUGUCUUAGAUGUAGGUUAAUUAGCAUAGCAUGACCAGUUGCCAUGCCAUGGCUAUGACACUGAAUUCACGAGAGUGUGUGAAAAAUUCACAGUGAUUAAUUAUCUGCGGCUAUGUAAGAUACAACAAAGAUAUUCAGGCGUAAUGCCAAAGCUGAUGGAUUGAAUCGCAAGGAAGCCAACGAGAGUGAAAGUUGUACAAUUAUAUAAAUGACAAAUAUAGUCAAAAGAAACGCGAAGGCGGGCAUGCAGGCCCAGCAAAUUGCCUGAUUUUUAAGUAGAAUCUGCAUGACCACAAUCUAUAGUACACUUCUGUAAUACAUUAGCUAGAGUGGGACCAUUUUAAGGCUCGUGUAAUUACACUAUCAAAGUUUCUGUGAUCACACUAGGAAUUUUGCAAUGUUUAACACGGUUAAACGUUCCCUCAAAUAUUUCUUUAAAAUCUUGCAAAACGUAAAACUUACCUAUGCAAAAUUCCUAGAAACUUUGAUAGUGUAAACCAGCUUUUAGCAAAAUAUAAUAUUGCAGGCCAUACUUUAUAUUUGACCUGAUAUUUUUAUAUUUUCUUCUAUUUCAAGCCUGCUGUUGAGGUUGUGUGUACAUGAAUAUACAAUAUGACAUACCUUAUUGUUAUUGACAAUUUUACAAGCCUAUAGGCUAUGGAUGAUUGAUUUUCCAUGUUUAUCAGAGAAUAAGUACUGCCUUGUUUUAUCUAUAGUAUACAGUUGCUUAUCUGUAGUUGUCAGGAUUGUGAUGCUAUAAUUGUCAAAAUUUCUGAAGGGUUUCAUCCUUGAUAAAAAUUUACUGUAUCUAUGUAUCUAAGUAUGUGGAUAACUUUUGAAUGACUUUGCAUUAUGGGGGAAGGGGUGGUCGAAGGUUGUCAUAGGCUCCCCUCUCUAUUAAACUCCCGUUAUCAAAUCAAGGACCCUUCCUUACAGGAAACGCAUGCUGAAUUAUUAAUGUUGGAGCGUGAAUGUAAUGUAGUGUACACGAGCUGUGAAAAUCUGUAUUUUUGUUCACUCUGCAAACUGUUGGAAAAUGUUGUUUAACAGGCGUAAAACUGAACAAUAGGACCAGUUGUUCAAAGGUGGUUAGUACUAACCCUCUGUUUUAGUUUAUGUUAUAUUUCUGCACGUCUGUUUAUUUCAAAACUUCAGAGAAGUAAAUUCCUAUAUGGGUCAAGACAGGAUUUCUGAAGAAAAAGAAAUAUUUUCAAAUUUAUAAACAAGUUGUUGGAAAGUUUACUUUGAAGUUUGGGUAAACCUAGGGUUGAGCGAACAACUGGCUCCAGGGCGUUUAUGAGAUUACUUACGUAAGUCUUAUCUGCGGUAUUUAUUUGAUAAUUUUAAUUAAAUUGUACAGGGUGUAUUAAAAAAAUGUACACCCUUUCAAAUUCAAAUUAGCCAUAACUUUUAAAUAUUCGUUGCUCUGCAGUAAGCAAGGGUGGGUAUAGUAGCGAAGUAGUUGUAGUUCGCUACUGUAGCGAACUACAAUUUUCAAGUAGCCAGUAGUUUUUGACUACUUUUUCAAAACAGUAACUGUAGCUAUAGCGAACUACAUUUUGCCUAAAAGUAGCCAAGUAAUUGACUACUUUUCAAACAGCAAAUCGCUAUUCGCUACUUUUGAAAAUUGUUAGCAACUUGAUAGAACAGCGGAACGUUAUUAAGACACGGUUUGCUUAAAAUCAAUACUUAAUUUGCACGAAUAAAAUAUGCCGUGCAACUGUGCAAGUGUAUGCCAGCUUAUUUACUCGAAGUCGAUUUGUUAUAGGUUACAUUACAGCCUGAGCUAUAGUAGAUGUUCCAAAUACAGUAAAAUUAAAAAAUAUUGAGUAGCGAAAUAGCGAAAUAGUUCGCUACAUAUAAUUUUUUUAAGCAGUAGCUGUAGUCAGUAGCGAACUACUUUUGUUCAAAAGUAGCAGUAGUUGUAGCUGACUACAUAUUUUUGAAGUAUAGCUGUAGUUAUAGCGAACUACAAAAAGUUUGUAGUCAACCCACCAUUGGCAGUAAGCUGGCCCAUUUUAAAUCUUAUGCAGACAUGAAUAAUGCUUAAUUUAAACAUUUUUCUUUGAGUAGUGUAUAUGUUCAUACAAAUAGAAGUUAUCCUAAAUUUUUCACGCUCAUUAAUUCGAGAAUUUAUACGGCUGUCAAAUUACUACAAUAGAUUACGGUUAAUUUGAAUUUGAAAGGGUGUACAUUCUUUUGAUACACCCUGUAUUUACCACAUGCAGCUUGUCCUGUGUUGACACUGUGUAGAUGUCUUUGUAGGACUGAAUAGAAUGUAAUUUGGCGAAAUUAUUAUUGUAUAAGUACCUCCCACAAUUACACUAGGAGGCUCUUUGGAUAAAAACAGUUGAAAAUUAGGUGACUGCGUGGAGAGCCGCGGGAUUUGUAAACAAAGGAGUAAGAUAAUUAAAGCACAGCAUUUUUCUCGUCUCCAGAUAUUGUUAUGCAAAGUGUUUUAAGGCCAGCUGCAAAGGGCCUAUUGCAUUUCACCAUUUGUACAGGGUGUCCCAAAAAACCCGAAAACCAUUGAAAUCACUUAUUGUUAAAAUUGAAUGCCCUACCAAAAAGCUGAACGUAAUGAUGCGUAAAAUAUUGACAAGGUGCAUGUAUUAAAAUUUAGCUAAGAACAUCUCCUUGUAAAGUGUGCGAUUUUUUGCUCUUGGGAAUUUAAAGCAGCUUCUUAAUUAAGCCGGUUUUCCACUUGCGAAUUUUUUCGCGCGAAGCAAAUUUUUCUUUUGUCUUAUCCAAUUAGUUCCGGAUGGUUCCAGUUGAGAGACCAAAGACAAAUGAAAAAUUCCCAAACUCCCCUUUAAAAUACGGAUGCAGGUGUCAGGCCUUUGGAAAGAAUCAGUGAGAAUUGAGACUCAAAACCCUGAGUAAAAUAGUGCACCCGCAACCAAAUUUAUGAGCAAAUUUACUCAAAUUUAUGAGUAAAGUUUAAGAUUUAAUUGUUUAAUGCGUUCAGUUGAAUAUUAAUCAGUAAGAUAUAUAUUUAGAUUUCUUAGAUAGGCUGAGUAAAUAUGGAUUCUGACGACUGUUUUUGAACGAAUAUUUCUAAUAAACAAUGUUUUAUUAUCUAUUUGGGAAAAUAUAUUAAUUAAAUUUUACUGCAUCGUUUCACCAAAACUUUGAAAAUAACAAGAAAAUAUUGUUCUUUGUAUAAUUGCAUGGCGAUUAAAUAUAUAAUAGUUUUGUUUGUGGAAACACCACGUAAAGUAAUGUAGUAAUAAAUAAAGUAAUAAGUUAGAGAAAUUAUUAAAUUGCAGUAAUAAAUUUACGUGGUGUUUCCACAAACAAAACUAUUAUAGGAAAAUAUUGGUUUAAAAAUAUCUAUUUUGUUUUUUAUCGACCUUUUCAAGGUGGCUGAGCUUCGUUUUUGGCGUUCAUUAUGCAAAAUAUUUAAUGAAACGACCCGGCAGUACCAGACUGACCUUCAAGUAUCUUGAGUAUUACACUUGUUUCAAGUCUCGCUGGAAAAAGGGUCUAUGAACUGAUCUCAUAAUAUACAUCCAAUUAAAAAUGAAACUGGCCUCAUAACAGUUUGGACAAAACUGAAGCUAUUUCGAGAGAGACUUACCCCCGCCUUCUAACAAGCCCCCAGUUAAAAACCACUGGGGAAAUAUAAGCUCCAAGGUGGCUAUAUAGAGGAAAUACGGUAUAUAGGAUUCUUUGCUAUGCAUGGGCAAAAAGUAUAUAUUCUAUAUUUAUUUGUCUAUUUUAGAAAAUCGUCGCAAAAGCUGAAGAGGUACAGGAAACGUAUGAAUACGACGCCAAUAUUGAGGUUUGCAGGAUUGAUUGCUUAUUCUUAUUCCUGGUCAUAAUGAUAAACCAUAUUGCAUGAAUGUAAUUAUAUUGUGUGGUAAACUACUUUCCUGCAUAGACAAACCCACAGUCGUGUAUAUGUACAAAAGGUGUAAUUUCCACAGUAGAGAAAAAACGUCAGUGAUUUCCACAGUAGAGAAAAAACGCCAAAACACAAGCAUUUGAUUGGCUUCGCUAUUUUGUCAUCCAAAACACAAGCAUUUGAUUGGCUUCGCUAUUUUGUCAUCCGCACCCCCUUUCCAGGAUAUCUAAUCGUCUACCUCUUAUUAGGGCGAUUAAAAUUCAAGGCGUUAAUGUUAUGUAAUCAGUUUAUGUUAUAGAUCAGUACUGAUCCUUUAACAACCAGAUAAGCAUAACGAUUGAUAAAAACUUCUUCCUAGCUGAAAAGGAACCCAACCCAAUUUAUUGAAUAAUGAUACUGAGAGCUAGUUCUCAACACUGAGCCCCUAGAACAAUCCUGGUAGCCCUCCACCGGAUCUGAAAAUCCUUUGUUUAUAUUUCCUUGUGCAUGAUUACCAAACAGGGCUUCCAUGAAGCAUCAAUGAUUUAAUGACUGUAUUGUAGUAGAUCUCACCAUCCGGCCAAUCUUGUUUAGAUUCAUUCAAAAUGCUUUAUAGAGAUUUUACAGAUGCUGUUAUGUUGUUUUUAGCCAUUCAAUUACCUUGACACGAAAGACCUGGACAGCUUGGCAUCGCACGAUCUUAGAUAUAACACAGUUUUUCUAAUGAAUGUCACAUAUGAACUGAGUGGAAUUCACGUUCCUACAGAUAUUUAUGAUAAAGGUUGUUUUGUUUUUCUAGUUGUAGAUUAAGAUUAUUGUUUAAAUUACUCUGGGUGCAGAGGUCUUCAGCGAAACUGGAAACACCUUGAUCCAGGGAACUGUUUAAUAUACAAGACUUUUUCCUUUCUCGAGUUUCAGUUCAGCAAAAGCAAUGUCGACAAAGGAAAAAGUUGCUUCGCGCGAACAAAUUCGCCUAGUGGAAAACGGGCUUUAGAAUAAUAUAGUGGCAACUGAAACCCCAACGUAGCAAAACAACACACACAACAGAAACAAUUACCGUAUUUGCUUCAAUUAGCCUUCUUGGGCUUAAUUUUUUCCAUUGGUUCGAUCCGAACUGGGGACUUAUUAGAAAGGAAAUAGAGGAUGGGAGUAAAUAAGUUCUCACGCUCUGGUAAAAGAAUAUUAAGUUACAGAACCAUCAUUAGAGGAACUUCAAGGUUGAGAAAUUUUCAUACAAUUUACCAUUAUUUAGCCAUAUCAGUGAACGUUGAAGAACAUUUGUGUUCAUAUUUUGCCACAAGAUGGUCUUAUUUUAUUUCAGCGCUUCUAGAUUGGAGACUAAUUAGAAGUGGUGGGGCUAAAAUGAGGUUGGGGGCUAAAUAGAGAAAAUACGGUAAUGGAGUCUUCCAGAACAUAUUUUACAUCAUUAGCCGCAAUGUGUAGCGUUGCAUGCAUAAACUGAAUAUUCAUUUAACAGUACAAUUACGUUAUAUGGGCGUAUGGGCAAUGGAUUCUAACGGAGUAACCUAACUCACUAAACAAUGCUUAUGAUUUUCGCUGCCAGACUUUAUAGUUGAAUCAAAUAGACAAUGGUUGAAAGGUGAAGGUCAUUCAAAUUAUUACUGGUCCUGUGUGAUAUUUCAAUUCAAUUAUCCGAGUAAGAAAAAAGGCGCUGCUUAGGUAUACAUGUAACACUGACUGACUUCUGCCUAAAGGCGAUGCCUACGGAGGAGGCUAUGCUUAUAGGUGAAUUUUAGACUGUGUAUUUUAUUCAUGUUUAGCUCCUGAAAUAUUGAAUACAAUUAAAUGGACUGAAGCAUUAGAUAAGGUCUUCAUAAACAACACCAAUGACGAUCCAAAUUUAAAGUGGCAAUAUUUCGGCAGUCAAACUGGAGUGUUUCGAUCAUACCCAGGUAAUAUAUACUAAUAGGUCUACGUUAAUGAAUGUUGCAAGUUUAAAUUAAGCGUAGGUUUUAUGUGUCGUGAUUAUACUGUGUAUUCCAUUGAAACGUCGUUUUAUAAUCAACAAGAUGUGCUAAAUCAGUACUACAACCUUGCUCUCUUUAAAGCAAAUUGGUUUAAAAAAGCAAGAAAUUGGUUACAACCAAUUUUAACCAAAUUAAGUUGUUUUUUACAGUGUGGCAAAACGUUUUAAAUCCUGUGUAAUUUUCGAGCUAGAAGUAUUUGCCAUUGCUUCCUCUCUUAUGUCAUUGGUUUCUUUGCCGUCCCCCCCGGACCGUAUUUGAUGGUCACUGAUGGUCACUUACACAUGCAGUCACAUAUAGCUACACCCAAACAAUAUUAUCUCGGGCAUGAGAGGAGGCGAGGUUAUGUAAAUUUGCCCAGUUCAGUAAAAUGGCAUUUAAUACCUGUACAGACGGGCAAUUUUUUACUCUAUUUUCUCGUGUGUAGGGCAAAAAUUGACAAUUUUUCCUUGCCAAGGAGCCAUGUUCUAAGGCUAGUCAUGCCAGUUUUUGGUCAAGUAAAUUUUGCUCGUGUAGAAAUACAAGAAAUACUCCUAUGAUUUUGGUAAACAAACGGCUGCCUUGCCGUGAGAUAAACGUUUAACAGCAUUCCGUUUCCAUCAGCAACAAAACUUGUCAUGGAAAACUUGUCAUGGAAAACUUGUCAUGGAAAACUUGUUGACCGUGCACACGAGAAAGUAAACUUGUCAAGGAAAACUUCUGUACGGGGGCUUUAAUCGCUUAGCGGUCUCAAGGAUUUUGUCGAAGGUUGUAGAUACCUACAUGCAUAUAGAACAUGUAAAUAUGCCUUUUCCCGUUUGGUUUGGUUUUAGGCGCUAAAUUUGAUGUCGGACCAAAAGGCAUUGAUCUUUAUGAUGUUCGAAAACGUCCAUGGUAGGUUUCACAGCUGCUAUACUGUUUUCAUUCCAUGUCGUAGUUUCUGAUGUUGUCGCGAGGACUGAUAAACUUCCAAAACAUUAUAACAUGCACAUGCAUCUGCAUACGUUUUUUUUUACGAUUUCCCUCCUAAAUGUAUUUUUAUAUAGGUACAUCCAUGGUUCAACCUCACCAAAAUCUGUUGUCAUUAUUGUGGAUAGGCAAGUAUCACGAGAUAUGUGUGGCAUUAUGAUACUCUAGAAAAAACCAGUUUUCAUUCCACAUUUUGUUAUAAGAAAUCCCCCUUUAAUGGCCCACCCCUCCCCCUCCCAUCUCAUAAUUAAUCCUAAUUGCUGCUUAUAUAGUUUCUCUCUCUCUUUCUCUAACCAAAAAAAAUAUAUACUCUUGCAGUAGUGGCAGCAUGUUUGGACGACCGUUGUUAAUAGCAAGAAUUGCUGUAGCUGAACUCAUUGAUACUCUCUCAGAAAAUGACUUCUUUAAUCUAAUUUGGGUAGGUACAACUACAAUCCUCUUGCCCGAAGGCGUUGAGGGUGGUAAUCUCCAAUGAGAUAGUUAAGUACUCUCGCAGUAUAAAAAGUCUGUGUAUGCAUGAGACCACAGACUUGCGAAUUCGGCGCAUGGUAGGGGUAUGGGGGAAAACCAAAUGGUGGGCAUUCAGUGGAAAAGUUACAACCAAAUACCUUGCCAGUUACAGAUGAGUAAGAAUGUGCUUUGCUUGUGCUUUAAAUAAAUGCGUGCUUUGUAAUACAAUGGAACCCCGUCUUACGGCCACCUCGUUAACACGGCCCCAUCUUUAUUACGGUCGCUAAUUUUUUUGUCCCCAAAAAAUGCCAAGACAAUACAUUUCCUUAUAAAGAUAUCCCGUUAUUACGGCCACCCUAUUAAUAUGAUCAACUUUUUUGGCGCGUUCUCCGCAAUAUUAACGGAUUUCCACUGUAAUAUAUAGAAGGAACUGGGGCUUCGGUGGCGCAAUCGUCGAAGCAAGCGCAGUGAGCUCCACAUAUAUCUGCAGUAGGAACUUGGUUGCUCAAAGUGAAACCAGUUUCGUGUUAACCGCGCAUACAAAAACAAUAGAAAGGGACUGGAACUGACGUCCAACAGCUCCUUCAAUUUCCGCCAUCUUGGCAAGGAGUGUUGAAAUUUCGUAUUUUGACUUCGAUUUAAAGAAUAAUAUUGUGAUUUUAUGAACUGAAAACUUGAUUAGUGAUACGGUUCAUUAGAAAAAACUGGAAUUAGCUGGGGAAAAUGGUACAAAAACUGUUUACGACCUUCAGAGCUAUUGGACGUCAAUGGCCGCCAUCUUGGCUUCACUUGGCUUCACUUUUCUCAUUGACCAAAUGACUGAAGUUCUUACUCCAGAUAUAUAUAGAGAGCUCACUGAGCAAGCGCCUUUCACCUCUGAGAUCGUGCGUUAGAUUCUUGCUCCGGACUCAAGACAUUCAUGUAAAAAGAGUCAGUCAACACUCUUCCGAAAGUCGUGGGUUUUCUCCGGGUCUCUGGUUUCUUUCCACAGGGAAUGUUGACAUGACAGGGUGGGUUGGGGUUAGCCCAUACCGUAUUUACUCGUUUGAGCGCCGCCCUCGAUUGAGCGCCGCCCCCGAAUGAGCGCCGCAUUUGAGAUCAAGUUUUUUUAAAGAGCGCCGCCCCCGAAUGAGCGCCGCACUAAAAAGUGUAAAAACCCUCCGCCCGUCAAAAUGGGAACAUUUAGUGACAAAGACAUUUACAACUUGUUUAUUUUGUUGUUAAAAGUUCUUCUUAUAAUUCACAAAAAAAAGAUGUUUUAAAGAGCGCCGCCCCCGAUUGAGCGCCGCCCCCGAAUGAGCGGCGCAUCUGAAGCUCUUAAAAUUUAAAGAGCGCCGCGGCGCUUAAACGAGUAAAUACGGUAAUCUAAUUUACCCUUCCAACUUGGCUGUGCUCCGUGAUCAGACAUAGGUCAUAAGGUUGCUGCUCGAGGCGACCUUAGAUAGUCUUCGACCCAGCUGAAUCAGGUUGAGCUGCGUCCUUCGCAAUUCAACAUAGUUCUCUGCUGCAAAGAAGCAUGAUUAGCAGUUCUAAGGAUGAGUUGGAAGUUCUCCUUGUAUUUGUCAGGUAUCCCUAUCAAUCUAACUAUCUAUAUUUAUUUAUAAUAAACCAUGCAUUGACGUUUUAUCUCUUCAUUCUAUAUCCUUUUACUCUUUCAGUUUAACAUUGAUGUUCAUUACUUGGCAUGUGAAAAAAAAUUUGUACAAGCAACUUCACAAAAUAGAGAAGUAUGUUACAUUUGAUACCUUUCCUGUUUAUAUUUCUCCUUGUUUAAGAUGUAUGAUGUUUGUGUUAAUGUACGCUUUGUUCAUCCGUUUUUGAAAACUAUAUCUUCAGCUGUUAACUUAUCUUUUAGUAUUACAAGAGCAAGUUGAGAGACAUUCAGGCUAGUUAUGUUGCUUCGUGGCCCAAAGCUUACGAGGCCGCUUUUCAACUUUUGGACCACAGUCAGGUAUUGUGUUACUAUACUGACUACGUGAAUUCCUCUCCUUCCUGUAAACUCUUGAUGAGAACCCAUAAAAUGCAUAAAUUGAAUAAAAUCGUUUUAAUUGCGUUGUAUAUACAAGACUACAGACGGCAAAGAUUGAAUUUGGACAGACAGUUUUACCCGGCCUACCGACCAUUCUUUUUGGGGAAAAAAUCCAUCAAGUAAUAAAAAAGGUCUGGCCUGAAGAAGCUUUUUCAAGAAAAAGCUUGACUGUACACAUGAUUAGAUGCCAUGCAGCUGGUACCUACGCAGGCUAAGGAAAACGUACUCGUCUAUACAGGGAUUUUGUGAGCAGAUUGUUUCUCUUGUUGCUGCUCUCUCUAACUUCAGAUCUAAUUCUAACUUCAGAUCUCAUUCUAACUUCAGAUCUAAUUCUAACUUCAGAUCUCUCUCUAACUUCAGAUCUAAUUCUAACUUCAGAUCUCAUUCUAACUUCAGAUCUCAUUCUAACUUCAGAUCUAAUUCUAACUUCAGAUCUCUCUCUAACUUCAGAUCUAAUUCUAACUUCAGAUCUCAUUCUAACUUCAGAUCUAAUUCUAACUUCAGAUCUCAUUCUAACUUCAGAUCUAAUUCUAACUUCAGAUCUCUCUCUAACUUCAGAUCUAAUUCUAACUUCAGAUCUCAUUCUAGCGCGGACCAAGUCCAAUUAGUUUGAACAAGCCUGAUUCAUACUAGCAAUUUUGUCAGCGAUUUUGUGUUUCUGACGGAUGCAAAUUAGUGAACUCGCACACAAAAGUAUAGAGUCGCAUUUCCGAAGUCUUUUGCAUGUUCAUUCGAUCGCCGACAGAAUUGCCAGUGUGAACCAGGCUUUAUGUCUCCGUUGUGUGAAAUCAUGCGUCUAUAUUAUUCUCACUUUUUUCCAAGGAUGAUGGUGCCGGUUGUCAAAAAGUAAUAACGGUUUUCACCGAUGGACCAACUGAGCGAGCUGAGGGGGUUUUUGAAACCUACAAUAGCGCCAAAGAGGUUCGGAGUUUUGUGUUUUUAUUUUGAAAAGUUAUAUAUUUCAACUACAAAUAUCAAUAAUUAGUUACUUAAAAUGUUCGUAUGUGAGUGAACAAUAGCUUCUACUUCCAAAUUUUCAUUAGUUUCUGUAACUCGUUGACUGUAGGCUUGCAAGUAGAAAAAUUAUGUUUUAGUUUCUGCAAAUCCUUUAGUAACCCUUCCCUGUGGGCUUAAUUAUUUCAGGUACGUCAGGGCUCAUUAUUAAAUCUAAAUGUCUCUAUUUAGUGCCUGCGAGCAAAAAUCAUACAAAAUGCGCCUGCAAAGAUGCCUCGUGUUUUCAGGUUUUGGUAAGAAAGGUCUCGCAUGCACGCUCACGCGUUUUAAUGAUGCCUGGGACACGUAAUGAUAGACAGGGGGUAUGGGUAAUUGAUUUUCACGAAAUACAGUAAGCAAACGCACAGUUCAAUCCUUGUAGUAAUCACAUCCUUGUGGUAGUCACUUAUAUUCAUUAAUCAUGUUUAAAACCGGUAGCCCUUUGAAGAGUGGUUUGGGUAUAUCUCCAAUAAAUGUAACUAUUUACAUUUUGUUACAAUUUGCAAAAUUAAUUCACGAUGAAAGCUAAUAUUGAAUAUGUAUUAAGUGUACGUUACUGUUACAUCGAAAUUGCCAUAAUGCUUCUCUCCAAGUUACGUUAAUAAUAUCAAUUAGAGUUUUGAAGGAAGGGAAGGAGCAUUGAUGAGUCCAUAACGUAUGGACAAUUUCAAUAGAAAGACUAUUCCUGCAUACAGCUCUCCGCAUUAGUAAAAUCCUUUGGCAAAAAACAAAAUUCAAUCUAAGUCAGUCCAAUUACAAUUAAUCAAUUAAUGUCAUUUACAGUUCAAGUGAACUUUAGUGUAGGAGGAGUGUGGAUAAUUAGAAUUGAAAACACUUCAAACACUCUGUCGCGAAAUCACUCUCAGUUAAACUUCCUUUGAAAGCACAUGCACGAAUUGACCAGACAACAUGGCCGGCGAUCCAAGGAUUUAUUUGGUCAAUACUCAAUUCUUACUGGAAAGUGUCGAUUAACCGAGCGUUAGUUGUGGAGUAAUUAAUUUCUUCCUUUCAACAAGAAGGGGAUUAUUAGAGAGGAGCGAGGUCAAUAGAGAGAGAGUUACACGCGUAAAAACGCUCAGGUUGUUGCAAUAUUGAUGAAAACAGGAUUGAACAAUGUUUUGCUGCCCACAUUGUUCACAGUUGUUAACAAUGUUGAACAAUUUUGUUACACCCGAUACAGUCUUAACAUUGUUGACAAGUGUGAACAACGUGGGCAGCAAAACAUUGUUCAGUCCUGUUAAACAGUACAGUAGGCUCAGCGUUUUUAGCCGUGUAGGCUAGGCACGACGUCAAUGAAUACCGUCCAUAAUCUACAAGUAUCUACGUCAUGUCAGCCAUUUAUCUGCUAGCAUGUGUCCGCAGAUGACUAAUUUUCUUACCCUUUUUCGUGCAGAUAAUCAGAAAAUUAUUGGCUUCAUAAGAAUUCUGGGAUUAACAUGCAUAAUGCCAAUUACAUGGUUUGCUGAUGUAUUUCUAAUUUUCGCUCUCCUAUACCUAUUCGAUUUCAGGUUCAUGUGUUUACAUAUGCGGUUGGUCCACCAGCACACAGUAUUGAAGCCUUGAGAUCAAUUGCCUGUGACAACCGAGGUAAGCCUAUUACAAAGCAUACAAGUGGAAAUAGUAAGUACUGAAUUCUCCUAUAUUUUGGUUAUUAAUGCGUCAUAGGAUUAAACGUUUGAUUAUAUUUGUCUUUCCAGGUUUUUUCUACCGUAUACCUGGCGUGGGAUCAGUAAGAGAUGUUAUCAAGGUCCGUCUCAUCAUCAUCCCGUUUGUCCCCUCAAUGGGCAGUCGGGUCCCCUCGACACCUUCCACUCUAGUCUGUCGUCAACUUUAUCCAGAUCCACAACUCUACCUUCACCGCUUCCUCGGUUGUCCUCUCUUCCACGUUCCUGAUUCUCUACGCUCCGUAGCCCAUCUGAUAAACUAAUUUUCCCCUAUUCUCUUCACGUAGCCAUGCCAUUCAUCUUUGUCUACUUGUCCAUCACCUUCAAUGGACCAUUUGCAUUAUAGACUACAUUUUGAUCUAGACAAAAAUUUCAUCACAAUUUGAAAGAGCAUCACAAAAUUAGUAAUAUUCCAAAGUUUCGUUGCGAAAUGUUGUAAAAUGCGGAUAAUAUAGCCAUGCGAAGUUUGUAAUUUUCAGUCAUUUUGUAUUACACCCAAUCGGGUGUUGGGGCAUCAAUUUCCCGUUUGUAAUACAAAAUGACUGAAAAUUGCAAAUUUCGCAAGGCUAUAUUAUCCGCACUUUACAACAUUUCGCAUCGAAACUUUGGAAUAUUACUAAUUUUGUGAUGCUCUUUCAAGCUGUGAUGAAAUUUUUGUCUAGAUCAAAAUUUAGUCUAUAAUGCAAAUGGUCCAUUCCAAUUCCUUUCUUAUAAAGGACAGUCUCCUCCACAAAAAAUGAAAGUGAAUGUUCACAUUAAUUCGACUAAUCACAAAAUAGAUAUCCUUAGGCAUCGUGAAGUUUCGGAUGGAACAAACGCUAAUCUUUUCUUAAUCGUCCACGAUUUUAUUGUGAAGACUAAAUGCUUUGAUCAUAUCUUUUCAAUCUUACCCUGUGCAUGGAAUAUCUGUGCACUGAUUUUGUACGAAAUAGAAAUUAAUUCUUAAUUCCGCAUGAGUAUAGUGUCCUCAUGAUAUAAUUAUUGUUUUUUAUUCAUGUUGCUGCUAGUUUGUCAUUGUUUUCCUUCCUAUUUCUUACAAUAAAUAUAUUUUAAAUGAAAAGUUUGCUAAAAGUACUUGAAUUCUAAAAUUAUUUGUUUACCAUUAAGGGCUAUGUGUCUGUCUUGAGUCGACCAAUGGCAGAAAGGAAUGAGCAUGAUCCUAUAUGGAGUAGUGUAUACGUCGAUUCAGGAGUAAGUUGUAGUGUUUUGAAAAUUCUUCUGUUCCCUUCGUCAGUCCAACUACAGGUAUUGGCCAGGCGUUUGCUUUAUUUUGGCUGACUAUAGUUCAAUCGGCCUAAGCCAAAUUUAGGCCAGACCAAGGCCUGCAGUAUAAAUGACGUGCUUCAGAGUCCUAUAUACAGUAUGUGUUCCAUUGCUUCCCUUUGCCAUAGUGACAGUCACGUGAAGCCUAAUUUAGUCUCUGCUACAGUAACAAGCAUGCACGACGGUUUUGUUGAAAUCACCCGCGUUGAACUCACAGUUGAUCCUGAAGAAUACAACCACUCUGGGAAACUGAAACCAGCCAGUUGACCAAACUAUUCUGCUUCUGUAAAAAUGCAGACUACUUUUUCUGUCCGAUUUUAGGGAGUUUAUAACUUUAUUUAACUAUUUGUUAACUGUGUUGAAUGCACAAAAUGAACUAUUUUUGUGUUUUGUAGCGUCUAGGGAUGAUGAUAACUGGAACACUGCCAGCAUUUGUACGAACAAACAAAACUGUGAGUAUAUCGUAGAGAAGAGCUAUUAUCAUCAUUAUUAUAUUUUCUCCUAAAUGAAGAUAUAAGUGGGGUACAUGUUAUUAUGUGAACACACAUUAGACAGGUUAUGCGGUAGCAGAAGUCAUAUCUGAACCUCACACUGGCGGAGUACUCAUCUGAUUGGUUAAUCGGGUAGAUUAGACGGUUAACGGUAUAGCCGUUGUGGAAGUCAAAUCUGUGCUGCUCUAUUGAUUUCAAAAGAGCAAGAGCAAGACGAGUACCUUACUUUAAUUUAAUUUAAUUUAAUUUAAUUUAAUUUAAUUUAAUUUAAUUUAAUUUAAUUUAAUUUAAUUUAAUUUAAUUUAAUUUAAUUUAAUUUAAUUUAAGGAAUAAACCUUGUAGAUGACAAUUUAGAGUAUUUUUUAGCUUUGUUCACAGAAUUUAGCAUGAAAAGUUCACCCAACAGAUGUUGUUUUGUGUGUAGGGUGGCCCUGAGAUACUUGGUGUGGUUGGAACAGAUGUGACCUUGAAAGAUAUCGAUCUUUUGUUUGACCUUACGUCGGUAUGUGUAUUAAGAUAGAGAACUUUAUAAACCACCCACCAGAUCACCUUAUUAAAACGAUAUUUUGUCAGCUUUUAAACUUAUGAGAAACUCACUUAAACAUUUUAUCCUCAUUGUUCAUGACACUGUAAAUGCUUUUGUAAUAAAAAUGUUUGACUUUCACUGUCAAUUCCCCGAAGAUCUCUUCUAACACAACCUGAUACUCCAGCACAUUGUAUAACUUUUUAUUAUCCGAGGAAACUCCAUUGACAACUAUAAAUUCGCCAGGAAGUUGACGGAGUGAAGAAAUGGCAAUCUAAAGACGUCUAAAGUUUUCACCUGAUUUUGAAGCGUACAUGUUAAUUUAUGUAUUUAAAUUGAACAUUUAGAUUGGUGAUGACGGAUACCUCUUUCUUAUCAGCAACAACGGUCAUGUUAUCAAACAUCCUGGAUUUGAAGCGCAUGUAGGUAGUCCACAAGAGAGAAACCUUCAUGUCAUUAUAACUGCAGAACUAUAAUAAAACUUAGGUAAAUUCGGCUAUUUAAGUUCCGUGAUUUGGGGAGAGUAAGUGAUAUUCGUCUGAUAUGUACUCAUAAUUUACAGGACUCGUAAUUUUCUGGAUCUUCAACGGCUUCAACAAUUUAUCAACACAAGCAAAUUAAUUAGUAUUAUUGAUGGUUUUUUGCUUGUAAAUUUAAGAGAGUAAAAUAUUGUGUUAUGCACAUCAUUUGAACCUUUGUAAUUUUAUGCAAAUGCAUUCAAACGGUUUUUUUUCCAAUUUUCCCGUAGCUUGGUUAUCUGCCAGAUCCUCCUGAUGUGUAUAUAUCAGAUAUUGAGUACAGUUGGGAUGUGAACAGUACUAAACCAGUGAAGGUAAUUAUUUGGUAAAUAGUGUUCAGUCGUAUCAUGUCUAUAUACUGUAUAGACGGUUUGUAAUUGAGAUCAAAUGACGAAUUAGAAGUCUUCACCAUGUGGGAUGUAAUUUAAAUUGCAAACAAGUUUUGCCUUUUGCCAAGGGGCAGAGGGUUAGUGGAAAAGUGAGUUUCAGAUUGCAAGUCACGGGGGCAGAUAGGAGUGAGGCAUGGGAUAAGUGACUAGUUGUUUAAUGACAGGGAGGAAGUUUGGGUGGCAUUUGAAUAUAUAAUAUCAACAUAUUUAUGAACAAUUACUUUCAGAAAACCAUCAAGAAUGUUACACAACAUUUCGUGAUAGGUUCUGUUGUUUGGUAAAAUCAAACUCGAAACAAUCUUCUCGCAUGAUGCGACUGGAGCGCAUACUGUGCAGAAAUCGGUUCCGUGUCUCAGGGAGGGUGAAAGCCAUAUGCCCCACAUUAGCUAUGAACCAACAUCCCUAACUAACCGUGUGUCUGAUCAAUACUUACGACUGUAUUCUAAAAGCUCACUCGCACUCAAAGAGUGGAGGUUCAAUCUGAGCUUCCCUUGUGUGUCAGUGCUGUUUUUGAAUAGCUGAAGGGUGAGUAGUCACAUAGUAAGGUACGGGACUAACCCUCCAGCUAUUCAAAAACAGCACUGAUACUCAAGGGAAGCUUAGAUUGAACCUCCACUCUUUGAGUGUGAGUGAACUUUUAGAAUACAGGCGUUAGCAAAUCGUAUCUGGUUAAAGGUCGAUACUCAAUAGAAUUAGUUCGAAAAAGGUAAAAAAGUUGAGUAUAUAUUUUUGUUGUAUAGUUACGUGAAAGGAUGCUUAAAACGAAACAGAACGAAGUUGGAACCAUGACGUUUGAUGUUGCGUUGUUUUCGAGAGAUGAGGUGAGCGUGAUACAUUUUGUGCUGGAGCUAUCAAGCCAACACAUUGGCCAACAGAGAGUGAGUUCGUGUUGGCCAGUAUAGAGUGGAGAAGAGGAAUACGUCAUUUUAAAUACUAAAUGUUUUCACAGUUUAACUUACGAGUGAAGAAGAGGAAUAUGAAUUAUUAUUUUACAACUGUGGACGACACUCCCAUCUGGUGAGAUUUCUCCCAACAUUAUUAUUCAGUUGUGUUGUCCUUUUUAUUGUGUAAAUUUCUGCGCGUAGUUAAAGGGAAUUCGAGGCCCAUAAUGGUGUCAGUCCGCCCUGGGAACCAGUACUUCCCGAGAACUAAAUUUGGAUGAAAGUUGGGCAUAAUUGAUACAUAAUUUAUGCAUAUAUUCAUUCUCUGGCGGCAGUACGCUCUGAGUGUCCUUUAGUUGUAAACUGGAAUUUGAAAAGUAUUUGUAACAACCAAUGUUUUGUUGUAGGGCUGGCAUCGCAUUCCCGUCCACUUAUGUUGAAAUAGUUCCAGGUAUGUUAUACGUAUAAUGUCGGUAUUUUUCCUGCUGUAUUUUAUUUUCUAGCUCGCAUGCUCGCUAACAUUCGUUGAAGGCGAUCAAAAAUAAAUAUAUUGUGAACCGAUAAACAAUAAAACCAUAGGUUUCCCGAAAAGGUAUUUUAUUUUUAAAAAAUCCAUCAACUUGCAACUAAAUACUCUCGCUUGUUUUAAUCUACACUAAAACAUCUAUAAUUCGUAUUACGUGAAGUACAUGUUGCACAGUGCAUGCACAUAGUGUUGCAUCAUUAUGUAUAUUAUUUCCCCAAAGUUGGCAAGAAAAUACCGAAUUUAUCACUGUACACAAAAACUAAAUGACGAAAAACUCGUUCAUAAACAUCGAAGUUAUUUGAAAAAACUAACUCGUUAUGAUCAGACAUAACUUUAACACUCCUACAUUGUAGUUUUUGUUUUUUCACCACAUUAAAACGAGUGAAUUUUGCGAAAAUUGCGAAAAUUUCUUACUUAAUUUAUUAAAUUCAUCAAAUUUCUUACUCAAUUUAUUAAAUUUUGUCAAAACUAAGGGGAAUGAUGGUUGCCGGCUCUCUGAUUGGCCAAUAUUUCACCUAGCUUUCAGUCAGCCAAUCAAAGAGCUUUAGGUUGUGACGUCGCGCCGGCAACCAUCAACCGCAUAUAUUUUUCUUGCCAAUAUUGGAGAAAUAAUAUAUAUAUGAUGCAACGCUAUACCUUUUCGGGAGACCUAUGAUAAAACGUUAGAUGAGACCUUAACAGGCCAUUUCCGAAUUGUGCUAUAGUUGUGAAGAACAACGCCACGUCGAGGCUUCGUGCUGAAUUUGCUGUAGAAACAUUACACAUUUGAACAAAGCCUCGUUCACAGGCUAUGGUCUGUGGUCAUUCAACCGAAAUUUGGAAAUGGCCUAUUGUACCGAUUUGAAGCGGCCCAAAGUUUUGGAAUUUAAGCAGUGGCGGACACUGGGAGGGAGGGGCAAUAAUUUCUUAAAGCCUGUGAAUGAUAGCUGUGGUGUAACAAAGUCCAACUAUAAUUUUUCAACUAUGAAAGCGUUGGUAGGCUAUAAAUCAACCUAUAUAUUGCAAGAAAUUUCGAGGCCAAAAAGUUUAAAGAACCAAGAUAGUAAAGCAGCAAAAGGUGGUAAUAUGUAGGCCACCUAAAUCCCCCACGCCACCAAUAUUUCGUGAAGAGCCCGCCACUGAUUUAAAGAAUACAAUAUAUAUAGUUUAAAAUCUAUAACUUUAAGGGUAAAGUAGUUCGCGUGUUAUUGCGACUCUCUGCAAUGUUCUGACCACUGCGUUGUAGUAAUAAGAGUGCAGUUGACACAUGUUCCCUAAUGUAAUGUAAUCAGUAAUGUAUACAAACAACAGAGUUUUGUAGGAAACACAUCUACCUGGAAAAUACAAACGUUAUGCUGCCAUCUCAUCGUUACGGCAGAUUUCACCAUUUGUGAACCUUUAUUUUCUUACUUGUUAGUGCGCGAGGUGAAUAAUGUAUUUCUUAAACAUUUGCUCUGAAUUAUUUUGUUAGGCGACCCAUCAUCGAGUGAAACUGUAGUUAAUUUCUUACUUGAUUACUGGAAAAGUAAUACUUUCCCCUCUGAGUAAGUAGUAAUAAUUUGCAGAGAGUGUGAUAUAUAUUAAAUAUGCAAAUAUUAAGUAGCUUAUAUAUAGCAUUAUAUAUAGAAUUAUUAUUCCCACCGUGACCGGCAUAUUUUUCAAGCUCGCCCGGUGUGGAUAUACACUCAGAGUAAUAUCACAAACAUCAUAUUCACUAAUUCACCUGAGUACACAACACCAACACAGAAAAAAAUAUAUAGCAUUGUUAUAUAAUUAUGGACGUUACGGAUUGAAGCAGUAUUUAGAAAUUUGGUUGUUGCAUGAUGUACUUGGUUAUGUUACGUACUUGCCACACGGUGGAAUACAAACAAUACAAUGUAUGCCAUCAGCCGGAGUGAACGUCUUGACCCUUGUACUUAUCAUUUUUUGUUGAAUUCGUAGAGAUGACGUGGAGACAUUUGUUAAGAUCUAUAAUGGUUCUUUUAAUAUUUCAAAGUAAGUAAUUUGUUUUUUAGGAAACCGUUGGAAACGCGAAUGGCCUUUGCUUGAAACUUCGAUACUUAUAGCUGCUCCCAUCCGUUCAUUUUCGUAAUCGAUUGUUUCUAUUAAUCGAUGUUAAUCGAUUGUUGAGAACGAUUAAUCGAUAACGCGAAAAUGAACCGAUUAAUCGAUUACGAAAAUGAACGCUAUGUAUUAAAUAAAUCUCGACACGUCCACAGUGGCUGUUAUGUCCUUUCACAGCCAAUGGGAGCGCUGGUGAUAGCAGAGAAAUCAAAACAAGUCGCCAUUUGAUCACAUCGAUAUUACCAUCUCAUCAUUACCAUUGGGAAAGGAAGUUAUCUAGUUAUAUAUGCAUACACGGCUGUUUUGUUGAGUCGAUUAUUGUUAAGAAUAAUCGAUUGCCAAGAAACACAAAAAAUUCCAACCUACCAAGAAACCAUCCAAAAAGAUAUAAAGUUAUCUUUUCCUCAUCAUUAAAUAAACUUUAAAAAAAAACGAAAAAUGCCCUUCAGCCGUUUUAGUGCACACGUCAAAUUUAAUUUAAAGUGCGAGUAACCCCAAAUAUAAUUUUUGGUAUGUGUAAUAUUUGGGUUAUUCUAAGAAGAAAUGAAAUGUAUCUUUAUGGUAAAAACCCUCAUAUUGAUCAACUUUUUCAUUGUCAAAGUUUCCGGGUAUGAUGUCAUUAGGUGAAUUAUUGGUACAAAAAACAAAUGACAUGAUAAGAUGGGAUAUUUUAUUAUAAAGAUACUGUAUAUUACAUUUCUUCGAAUGACCUAGAUAUUACACAUACCAAAAAUAUUACACAUAUCAUAUUUGUGGUUAGUCGCACUUUAACGUUCGUGAUGGUUCCGUAUCAUGACCUACUACUAAACAAUAAUGCGUGUUGGUAAAAUACAGUGAUUUUAAGUGGUACUCUACAAAAUAUUUUAGCUUUGAACAUUUAUCGCAUAUAUAUGCAACGAAAAAUUAUAUAUUCGUGUAAAAAACCUCACGUUUUUGGGUUGAAGGGAGAAUGUUUAUUUUGUAUGUGAUACCCGGCCAUGCAUGUAAUAUUCCAUACAAAGAUAUGCGGCUUUUCUACGUCUUUCAGAAAAGACAUACUCUCCGACAACUACUGCUGUAUAUAACAUGAGAUAUUGCCCUUCUUCUUUAUUUACUGAAAAUCUCUCAUUCUGGGUGUUUUAAUAUAGAUCUGACUCGACAUUUACACCAGAGAAAGGAAUUGUAGGUCGUGUUGAUGAAUAUCCAAACGAUAUAACUGUACUGACCGUGCCAUAUAAUUCAGGUAUUAAUUAAAAGUGUUUUAGGACGACCUUCUGACUCUUUGCUGGGUCAUUUCCCCUGUAAUGAGCAUCAUCACACCUUUCCAGCAAUGUUUCUUCGUUUGAGAUGACUUAAUGCAGUUGCAUAAAAUUUUAUUGGGUAUAAAAUUUUGCACUCGGAGACUGCAUAUAACACCUCCAGCGAAUUAAGUUAUGUAUCUUGCAUAAAUUAUGCUACAUACAUUAUGCUACAUACAUUGUGCAGAAAAACUCGACGUAUUCGCUCAGAUAGUAAACAACAACCGCGUCAACUGUUAACAAAAAUAACUCUUUACCCAUGCCUACAGAUUCUGUUGUUUACUAUAGGCAAAGAAAAUGCCGAAGAUGUUAAAAUAACUGGCUACAGAAAGAUGACGACUAAUGCAUCAGGGACGUUUGUUAAUGUGGGAGGCAAGUUAUUCUUAUCAAACUCAUUAAUAAUUAAUGACCUUACGCUAAAUCAGAAAAUCACCUCACUCCGCGCUCAAGUGGCUGAGGGAUUGCCUGGUAUGACUACUGUUAUACUUGGACUCGGAUCCAUGCAAGAUCCAUGCAAGUGGUCUUUUAAGCUCCAUGAAAAUCUAACACCUUCGCACCAAAUAUAGAGCAACUUGUGGAAAACAUUUUUUGUCCAAAAAUGUUUGUUACACGUAAAAUGAUGUAACACAUUACGACCACGGUUUUAAUACGUACUCCUUUUCGUCACGUAACUGCUAUGCUUGGUUAUUGCAUUACCUACUAUUGUUAUGAAAUUCUCAUGUUGUGUACUUUGACUGAAUUGUAUUCAAGCCGAAACCCUUUUUACAGUUUACAUGUGCAGGUCCAGUUAGAGAGGUGUCUGUACAACAUACAUCCACAAUAAUACUUCGCAUGAUUGAAAUGAUAAAUUAAUUACAAGAAUAACUUUCAUAUCUGCUUGUAGUUGUUGGUUUCAACAUGAACCAUUCGCAAUUUCAGCAAGUUUAUUUUAUCAACGAUUCCAUUCAGGUAAUGUAAAUAUAGUAUAUGAUUUAUUACAAAUCUAUUGGACGAGCCUAGUAGUGAUUAAUCUUUCAAAAGUGCAUUUUAUAUCCAAGUUCUGAUCAUAUAUAUAUAUAUAUAUAUAUAUAUAUAUAUAUAUAUAUAUAUAUAUAUAUAUAUAUAUAUAUAUAUAUAUAUAUAUAUAUAUAUAUAUAUAUAUAUAUAUAUAUAUGUAUUUUAUAUUUUGUUCUCGUCUUUGAUUUAUGUUUGUUAUAGUUUGUUUUCAUUAAGGUUGGUCUUCACAUGGGGCUAUUCAUGUCCUGUUGACCAUACCUUCAACCAUAUUAUGUAGUGGUUUAAUCUAUUUUAUGUAUGGUUGUAAAGUUAAUAAAUAAAUAAAUAAAUAUAUCUAAUUUCACAUCAUACACAUGAUUAAUGAAUCUUAACUUCCUACAUUCCAGGGAAUUGAUCAGUUCUGUAACGCAACAGUUGACGAGGUACAGUGAAAUGUUGAGUUUGUAAAAUGUUUCAAAACAUUUAGUUUGAUCCAAUAAUUGCGGGAACCACUGAGUAUUUUCAUAAAAUGUAUGUUUUUAGUUUGACCAACUUGACUUGUAAGUGAAACAUUAGUUCUGGAAAUUAAUCUAAAAACUUUGUUGUAAAAAGCCUUAAUUUUUUUUCUGGCUAUUUUUUCCAUUUAGUGCGUUUUUGCCUGCAAUUGGGAAAGCAAGUGUAUACAAUUUGAUACAAUACAGCAAAACGCAAUUAACGUACAUGUUUCGCAUGAGAAUUGUAAAGAAGAAUGCUAUCAUAUUGUUUUAGGUGGAUGGCUAUUAUUGUUAUCUUCUCGACGAAAAUGCAUUUGUAGUUGCAGCAAAUGUACACCCUGAGGUAAGGCUGUUUAUGUUUUACUUGCCACUCUAUCUCACAUCGUUGAAUAUUGCUUCUAAAUAUGAACAGAUACUGAAAAUAAUUUAUUAAUUAAGGCCCCUCUCGAAUACCCUCCCCCCGUUCUAGGGAAAAAUAUUAAGCUCUCUUUCUCUAGUUAGUCUAGUACCCCCACGUCACCUUCAUAAUAAAGAAAUGCAUAUACUGUAUACUUGAUAGAUUUAUUCGGUAUUCCCCUGUCUCUGAUAGUUUUAUAAUCUCUCUCUAAUAAGCAGUAUUUAUCCGUCUAGCAAGUGCGUGCAGCACGUUGUUUAGCUCCCCUCUCUAUGCCCCUCCCAGAGAUACAAUAACAAUUGUUAAGAUAUAAUAAUCAAGCAAUUAUUAUAUAUCUGAUUAUAUAGAAAGUAACUGGACAGUUUUUUGGGAACGUCAAUGGUGAAGUUAUGGAACAACUGACCACAGGCGGAAACACAGUGAUCUAUGAAAGGUAUUCUUAAGUUCACAUUACAUUAUAGGGGAAUUAUUCUGGUGAACUGAAUUGCGCAUGCCUACAUAGUCUGCAUAAUCAGCAACACCGCGGAAGAACGUCUGCGCAUGCGUGUGCACAAAAAGAUGGCGAGGAAUUUAAAUGCCAAAUUGUAAACAAAAACAUGGCUAUUUAAUUAUUUGAGGUAAUUGAAACAAACUAAAAAAAUACACUAGACGGGUAGUUUAGACAUUAAUGAAAAGUUUUCUAAGAUUUCAAAUCUUAAAUUAAAAAUUACCGUUUAAGACCGGGAGGCGUGUGAACAUUUCUUGAAAAAUUGUCCAAUACCGAACUUAAGGAGGCUCCCUACAGUUCCGUGCGGGAUGUUCGCGGGACAAGUACGUGAACUAUCCCACGCAACUGCAUGAUCAAAACAAAGCAAUGGAAAAAAGCGUUGAAUAAUUUCUAAUGGAAAAAAGCGUUGAAUAAUACUUCAUUUGAGUGCCAAAUCACUUGCGAGUCUAUACAGCAAUUCUACAUAUGAUAAGAAUAUCACUAGACCAAAAAUAGCUAUAAAACAAUAUUUUUAUUUUUUUUUUAUACACUGUAAAACAUUUGCAUAUACACUGUAAAACAUUUGCAAAAUUGCAUACAAACGUUUAAAAAGUUGUUUACUUCUCAAGAAAACGUUCACGUUUUUAGUCGUGUUUCUACAAGAUUAAAGUGAUUAUAUGUAAACAGAAAAAUAUUUCAGUUUCAUAGCCUAAUUGUUCGUUUUUAGCAAAAAGUACAAAACCAAACAUGAAACAAAAAACACGUCCACCUGGUAAUAGGCUGUUACAGCUCAUAGAUUGAGUAAACGGCAGGAUUCAAUUAGCUUCAACUUGUUUUCAUCGAUUUAAUCCUUCACAAUAAUCCUUGGCUGUCCAUAGCACUCGAAUAAAUCGAAAAGUUGACAAAAACAAAACAGUAAAAAGUAAAAACAACAUUGCGGCUCGAUUUUGCUGAAUGAAUACUCGUUCUGCGCCCGCGUAGAAUCUUUUACUAGUCAGCGACGCUUUUCAAUAGGGGAAUUUCUCGAGUUACACGAGGCUAUUUUCUAACUUUAUUUGCAUUUUACUCAUCAGUUUCAUCGGUGACCUAUCUUCAAAUUUUGACCACGAAUUUAUUUUGCGGUAAAUUUUAUAAAUUUCAAAUUUUAAAAAAUCUGUUGUGUGGAAAUUUCGCAAUAAAUUUUUCGCUUUUAAAAAAAUCACACACUACAGAAUUUUUUUAAACUUUCACCACAGUUGCAGAGCAUCAUUCCUUAUUGAUAUAUGAAAUAAAAAAGAUAUGUCACCGACAUCGUUUUUGAGAUAUCGGCACAUUUAUGGGUUAAAUUGGAAGGCUUUAUGCUGUCGUCAUGUUGCCAUGGGAACAUUGACAUCGUCGAAAUCUAGUUCUAAAUAUUCCUUAGAUGACCAAUAUUGCCACCAAGUCGAAAAGAAUUCGCGUUCUGCAAGAAUAAGCCUGUUUUACGGAAUUAUUGCUUAAACAAGAAUAACUGUAGGGAGCCACCUUAAAGCAGAAAAGUUAAGAAAACUAUAGAAUAGUUAAGCAUUUGCACACGAUUAAAUUGUAGAGUAAAUAAUUACCCUUAAAUAUAGUCAACGCAAAAAUUAUACAUGCUACGCAAAAAAAGUUAUUGACAAAAAUGUGGAUCGUAUGAGCCUACGAAAAAUAUCUUUGUAUGGUUCAGUUAAAGAACGUUUUAUACAAUAAAUUUAUCGACAGUUACCUUUGGUUCAUUUUCUUGCAAAAUACUAUUUCUUGCACAUGUGGACUAUAAUUAUUUCUAGUUUUUAGGUUGUCACAUUCAUUAUUCCGCUUGCAUUUUCAUAGAAAAGGCAAAACAUCGACGUCGCUUCCAUUUUGAGUUUUUGACAACAUUCGGAACACUUGACAUCACGUUUGCAAUACAGAUUCCAGUAAUGUUGACGCAUGCUCAGACGUUCUGAUCAGCAGGUUAUAAUUCUCAUCGUAACAGAAGAAAGACUGACCUUCUCCCAGGCUAGACCAGACUGACCUUCUACACAAGUGUAAAAACAAAAACAGUUAUAGACCGCGAAACAGUUUAAUUUGCAAUGGAUGUACUGUAAUAAAUGUCACAUCUGUAAUAAAUUAUCAUUCGCUGUUAUUUCCAUUAGAGUGGUCAGAACUGACCCUCAGGGCAGUUGUGUGGAUCCAUCUGCAGGCUCGGCUAGCUCAGCUCCAUUCCUCCAACCAUUUCUAUCUGGUACAUCAUACAUCAAAUGGUGCUUUGCAAAGGCUGUAUGGUAAGACCAAUUACAUAUAUUAUUUCUUUUGGUGAUGCUGCGGACAUUUAUGUUUUCCCUAAUUAUGUUUGUGAUGUUACUCUGAGUGUGCAUCCACACCGGGCAAGCUGAAAAGUUAGCUUGGCCACGGUGGGAAACGAACCCGCGACCUUUGGGAUACUAGUCCAAUGCUCUGCCAACCUAGCUAUGUGAUCAAGUCGGUUCGAGUUGAUGAUAUAAUCAUAUCAGAGAAUACACUGAUAUCGAAGGAACUAGACUCAGUUCCGAAAUAUCAUCAACUUGAACCGACUUAACCACGUAGCUCAGUUGGCAGAGCAUUGGAUUAGUAUCCCAAAGGUCGCGGGUUCGAUUCCCACCGUGGCCAAGCUAACUUUUCAAGUUGCCCGGUGUGGAUGCACACUCAGAGUAACACCACAAACAUAACAGCAACACACACAAAUUAAUAUUUUCCCUAAUUGUUCUGAAAAUAUUUUCAGUUCUCCCUUUUUCAUAUACAUUGCGCUAUCCUUUUGACAUUUUGCUGAAAAAUAUACCCAUGGAACUAAUUUACUUUUUGUUCAUUCUUUCCUAUCCAUAGGUUUGUUGCUAAUUUGAACUUUUACAAGUACGUUUUUUUUAGUUUUUCGUUCUAUAUGUUUGUGUUUUACAGUACAUUUCCCAAUUCAACCAUAGCUGUGGUCCGUGAUCAGACAUAAGUCAUAAUGUGUUUCACUAAGCACUGCCGUAUAGCAGAUGGUGGUCAGCCUCAAUUAUUUUCAGUGUGAGACUUCUUUUAUUUAUUGGUUUACGGAUUUGAGUUUAAAAAUAAGAGGUCGGUAGGUCGGAAAAAAAAAAAUUUAAAAAAAACGAACUGAGUAUAAAUGAGAACCGAAAUUAAUAAUCGCAAAAAACCGUGGCUAAUCUACAUAUUGAUUGUCACAACGAUAACAUGAGCCAGCAGUACCUAGAGUCAAAGUUCACUUGUAGUGUACUUCAUGUCAGAACCCCAAAUUAAUUAAAAUUAACUAAAAUUGUAAAAUUUUUGUCAUCCAAAUAUUUUUUUUUAUUUUUCAUUUUCUGAAUAUUUACGGUCGGCGGAUCCGUAAACCAAUGAAUAAAAAAAGUCUCGCCUAGAGGUCUUUUAUUCGCUGGCUAAUAGAUAUAUUUCAGUGAUGCAGUUUAAUUCAAGUGGGGAUGUGAGAGCUAAGCUGAAUUACGAAGGACACAGCUCAACCUGAUCGGCUUUCUAAGGGCUCCUCUGGUCGAGUAUAAAGUUCUAGUUUAUUACAGUGCCAGCAGCUUGACAUGGUUGCUCUUAUUAAUUAUUGUAACGUAUUUAUAAUGCAUUUUCCUACUUUUGCAGUUGGUUAUAUGGCAAGCCAGCCGCUGUAUCAGGUAAAUUCAGUUUCGUACAUUUGUACUUCUGGAAAGGUCUUCAUGUUGUUUUAGAAGCUAAAGUUUUCUACCGUAGUAAUUCCAGAAAAUUUCCAAUUCUUUUGGACAGGUUUUCCAGGCUUUAAGGCCCAUUUUCACUCAAAAAAAAUUUCCCGAAAAUAUCAUUGUUAAAAAUUGAAAAUUUUCAACUUCAACAUUUUUUUCCAAUGGAAAAUUUGUGUCGACCAAUCACAUUUUGCAAAAUUGCGGAAAAUUUUCCUGAGUGGAAAUGGUCCUUUAGGAAGCGUUUUCCAGUCUUUUGGAAAGGUUUUCUAGUUCUUUAGGGAAGGUUUUCAAAGUCUUUUGGAAAGGUUUCCAGUCUUCAGGAAAAGUUUUCCGGUCUUUUGGAAAGGUUUUCCAGUCUUUAGGAAAGGUUUUCCGGUCUUUAGGAAAGGUUUUCCAGUCUUUUGGAAAGGUUUUCCAGUCUUUUGGAAAGGUUUUCCAGUCUUUAGGAAAGGUUUUCCAGUCUUUAGGAAAGGUUUUCCAAUCUUUAGGAAAGGUUUUCCAGUCUUUUGGAAAGGUUUUCCAGUCUUUAGGAAAGGUUUUCCAGUCUUUAGGAAAGGUUUUCCAAUCUUUAGGAAAGGUUUUCCAGUCUUUUGGAAAGGUUUUCCAGUCAUUAGAAAAGGUUUUCCCAUCUUUAGGAAAGGUUUUCCAGUCUUUUGGAAAGGUUUACAAUCUUUUGGAAAGGAUUUGCAAUCUAUUGGAAAGGGUUUGCUGUCUUUUGGAAAGGUUUGCUGUCUUUGGAAAGGUUUUCCAAUCUUUUGGAAAGGUUUUCUAGUCUUUAGGAAAGGGUUUGCUGUCUUUUGGAAAGGUUUUCCAAUCUUUUGGAAAGGUUUUCCAAUCUUUUGGAAAAGGUUUGCUGUCAUUUGGAAAGGUUUUGCAGUUCUUUAAGAAUGGUUUUCCAAUAUUUUGGAAAGGUUUUCCAUUCUUUAGGAAAGGUUUUCCAAUCUUUAGGAAAGGUUUUCCAGUCUUUUGGAAAGGUUUUCCAAUCUUUAGGAAAGGUUUUCCAAUCUUUUGGAAAGGUUUUCCAGUCUUUUGGAAAGGUUUUCCAGUCAUUAGGAAAGGUUUUCCAGUCUUUUGGAAAGGUUUUCCAAUCUUUAGGAAAGGUUUUCCAGUCUUUAGAAAAGGUUUUCCCAUCUUUAGGAAAGGUUUUCCAGUCUUUUGGAAAUUUGUACUUCUGGAAAGGUCUUCAUGUUGUUUUAGAAGCUAAAGUUUUCUACCGUAGUAAUUCCAGAAAAUUUCCAAUUCUUUUGGACAGGUUUUCCAGGCUUUAAGGCCCAUUUCCACUCAAGAAAAAUUUCCCGAAAAUAUCAUUGUUAAAAAUUGAAAAUUUUCAACUUCAAAAUUUUUUUCCAACGGAAAAUUUGUGUCGACCAAUCACAUUUUGCAAAAUUGCGGAAAAUUUUCCUGAGUGGAAAUGGUCCUUUAGGAAGCGUUUUCCAGUCUUUUGGAAAGGUUUUCUAGUUUUUUAGGGAAGGUUUUCAAAGUCUUUUGGAAAGGUUUCCAGUCUUCAGGAAAAGUUUUCCGGUCUUUUGGAAAGGUUUUCCAGUCUUUAGGAAAGGUUUUCCGGUCUUUAGGAAAGGUUUUCCAGUCUUUUGGAAAGGUUUUCCAGUCUUUUGGAAAGGUUUUCCAGUCUUUUGGAAAGGUUUUCCAGUCUUUGGGAAAGGUUUUCCAGUCUUUAGGAAAGGUUUUCCAGUCUUUAGGAAAGGUUUUCCAGUCUUUUGGAAAGGUUUUCCAGUCUUUAGGAAAGGUUUUCCAAUCUUUAGGAAAGGUUUUCCAGUCUUUUGGAAAGGUUUUCCAAUCUUUUGGAAAGGUUUUCUAGUCUUUAGGAAAGGGUUUGCUGUCUUUUGGAAAGGUUUUCCAAUCUUUUGGAAAGGUUUUCCAAUCUUUUUGAAAGGGUUUGCUGUCAUUUGGAAAGGUUUUCCAGUUCUUUAAGAAUGGUUUUCCAGUUCUUUAAGAAAGGUUUUCCAGUCAUUAGGGAAGGUUUUCCAGUCUUUUGGAAAGGUUUUCCAAUCUUUAGGAAAGGUUUUCCAGUCUUUAGAAAAGUUUUUCCCAUCUUUAGGAAAGGUUUUCCAGUCUUUUGGAAAGGUUUUCCAAUCUUUUGGAAAGGAUUUGCAAUCUAUUGGAAAGGGUUUGCUGUCUUUGGAAAGGUUUGCUGUCUUUGGAAAGGUUUUCCAAUCUUUUGGAAAGGUUUUCCAAUCUUUUGGAAAGAUUUUCUAGUCUUUAGGAAAGGGUUUGCUGUCUUUUGGAAAGGUUUUCCAAUCUUUUGGAAAGGUUUUCCAAUCUUUUGGAAAGGGUUUGCUGUCAUUUGGAAAGGUUUUCCAGUUCUUUAAGAAUGGUUUUCCAAUAUUUUGGAAAGGUUUUCCAUUCUUUCGGACGUUUUUCCAAUCUUUUGCAAACUUUUGGAAAUGUUUUCCAGCCUUUUGGAAAGGUUUUCCAAUCUUUGGCAAAGGUUUUCCUGUUUUUAGGAAUUAUAGGAACGGUUUUCCAGUUCUUUAGGAAUGGCCGGUUUUCCAAUCUUUUGGAAAGUUUCCAAUCUUUUGAAAAGACUUUCCUCCAGUCUUUAGGAAAGGUUUUCCAGUUCUUCUGGAAACGUUGUCCAGUUCUUGAGGAAAGGUUUUCCAGUUCUUCUGGAAACGUUUUCCUGUUCUUGAGGAAAAGUGUUCCAGUUCCUUAAGGAAAAAGUUUCCAGUUCUUUUACAGAAGUAUUUUGAGGGUGGAAGGAUGUGGCAUUGCAUGCAUAGAUGAGAACCCGUACAAAAUAUUUUAUCUUCUAUAAACCCCUUGGGCAUCCAAAUAAGUUACUUAUGGGUGGACAAAAUCCAACGAUCAGACCCUGAUGUUUUUUAGCAGUUCCUUUAGUACAAUAUGGCAAUUUAAUUUGCUGCAAUACCCCAAUUUUAGCUGAAACGACGGAAAUCGAAAAACCGACAAACAGAAGCUGUAUUAUGGAAAUAACGGCGUACUACUCAGAUGUUAACAACGAGAAUACAACACAGGAAGGUGAGUUUUAGUAAAUAUAUUUCCACCAUAUCGUAUUAUAGCAACCGCUGGUAAUUUGAUUUCCCGGAGUUCAAUAUGACUUGUAGUGGUGUAAACGUUGAAAUUGCCAAAUCUGUUAACAGGUGUGUUUAUCCGUCUGAGAAAUAACAAGGUUCAAGAAGUUUUGAUGAAAUAUGCAUAUGCAAGUCUACAGCUUGUCAUAGAAACCGUUUAACUAUGCAGGGUCGUCCCGGUCGGGGGCCCCUAAAAAAAGAUUUUCCGGAAAGCAAAUAUUUUUCCGGAAAAUGUUGGCGACGGGGGAGGGGACGACGGUUCCUUCCAAAAACAAAACGUCCCGAAAAUCUUUCCAAACACUAGUUUUAGAUAAUGGGACUGCCUCGUACACAGGCGCUUUGUUAGCCCACGCAAGCCAUAGAACAACAUAUGGCGCCUGGGUACGAGACUGAUAGUGGGAGCUUAAAAUUACUUUUUCCGAUCUUUAUCGAGCUCAAUUUUCCAGAAAAUUCCUUAAUAUUUAACACGUUCCGCAAUUCCAGCAUUCCGGUGCCCCCUCUGGGCAAGUUGGGUCCCCUUUGGGGGUGUUACACCCCCACCCCCUAGUAGUUCCGACCAUGUAAUUAUGGUCUCUAUGUACUUGCAUGCAAAGCCUGAUUAUCUUGAACAUUUAUUUUAUUCUGAAAGCAAGAAAGUCUACAUAGCUGUCACCUGAAAGUUCAUUAUUUGUACCACAUCUUUAAGAUUUAUCGUCCAAAUAGUUAUAUUUUUGACAUUGUUUUUCAAAAAUUAUUUUUUUCAAAUUUUCUUGCCUAAUCAAUUUCAAGGGAUUUUUAUCACCAUUGACAUUGAGUAUGCAAUGUAAAUAUUAAUUAAUUUCGUGUAUCUAUAUAGAAUAUAAUAAAAUCACUAUAAAUUAACAGUUCUUUUCUUUGAUAUUGAUAGGUCAGGCAAACUGUGAAAGCAAUUGUAAUAGCAACGCUUGUCGACGAUCGUUUGUCAUUUCUAAAGUACUUAAAACGAAUUUAUAUCUAGUUGUUGUGGAUGGACUUUGCCCAUCAAGUGAACAGGGUUUUACUGGCGUUCCUGGAGUACCCCAAGAAGAUAUCCUUUUAUUUUUUUAA